AACCCAAUCUGAACUAGAUUUAUCCAUAAAAUGAUUAGCUAAAUUUUAGCAGUAUGAAUUUCAUGCAUAAAAGUUCGGACACGAUUUGAAAUUUCCUCGACACACAAUUUGGGAGGUAAUUUAAUUACACAAAAAACCAAAAAAAAAUUAAAAUACACAAAAAGCUUCUUUAUCAAUCCCGCAGCACAAACGGGCAAAACUGGAAGGGCAUUUCAGUAACUCCAUGAAAAUUGCUAGACUCGAAAACCAAAAUAUAGCACUAAAGCAAGCGUAAAACAGGGUCAACCAAGGGCAUUUUCGCCAUUUAGGUUACCUAAAUCUCUCCAAUUUUCCACACCUAUAAAACAAAAUACUUAAAAAAAAAAAAAAAAAAACUAUCCCCAAAGAAAAUAAUAACUUUCCCCGCCAUUUGCAAUCCCUCACUUCUCUCUUUCUAGGGCUCUCUGCACUGCAAGUCCACCAAAAAACCCUAAUUCUUUGUUCUCAUCCAAAUUAACCCUUAAACUUUCACAUUAUUACAUUAUUACCGCUCUAUGAAUGCUAUUACUCUACCAGCACUCGUCAACUCACCGGUUAAUUAAUAAUCGAUGAGCAAUUUAAAUUCAGUAAAUCCGAUUGGGUGGAGCUCCUCCGGUUCAAGCUCCACCCGACGUGGCAUAGGAUUAUCGAAUACAAUACACUCAGAGGUAGCGCCGUGUUUGCCUUUGCCUUCGGUUCCGGUGUUCUGUGGUGCAUCGGAUCCAAACCUGAAGUUGUUUGAUGAUGGAAAUAUUAGAGGUGUUUGGUCUUUGAAUCGUACUGAAAUUAUUUCUCAAGCUAGUCGUAUCGCUGAUCUGCUUCGUCAUACUGACGUGUCUUAUCUGAACUUCCGAGAUGAGACAAGGCUUACUUCAUUUGGAAAUGUGGAGCCCCUAGAACUUUUUGACCAGGUUCUCCAAUGCAAUCCUGAAGCAUUCGAGUAUGUAACUCCUGGUAAACAAAGUAAGAAUGAUAUUUCUGGAAGUACAACAUUUGAAAGCAAGCCCAUUGGGCCAAGUAUACCUGUUUUGCAUCAAGGUCAAAGAGAUUAUUAUGGAACUCAAACUCAUCAGCGCAACUCCAUUGGGCCAAGUAUAAUUGUUCCAAAUCAAGGUCAAAGACACUAUGAUGAGAGUCAAAAUCACCAGCGCCACUCCAUUCCUAAUGAUGUUCCACCAUCUACGAGAAAAUCAAAAGUCAAGAGGAAGGGCACUGAUGACAUCCCACCAUUGAUUCAGCCAGAUCCUGCUGAGCUUCAAGAUGCCAUCAUUGGAAGCUUCUGUGAAAUGCUAGAGGACUUCUCUGGUAGGGCUGAAAUUAUGAGUGAUGAACGGGAUGAAGCAGAGUGGUUGUCAAUGCCUGCUAGUGAUCUUAGAAUGAUUGUAAAUGAAAUAAUGUCCAUACGUGCAAAAAAGCUUCUACAUUUGGUUCCUGUAGAUAUUCUUGUAAAACUCUUACAGAUUCUAGACCAUCAAAUACACCGAGCGGAAGGUUUGUCUGUUGAUGAAUAUGAGCAUCAAGAUUCUGAUGCAGUUUCCUCAGUCUUUUGUGCCCUGGAAUCCAUUCAUGCAGCUCUAGCUGUGAUGGCGCAUAAUAACAUGCCAAAGCAACUAUACAAAGAAGAGAAUAUUGAAAGAAUUCUGGAGUUUUCUAAGCAUCAGAUUAUGGAUGUUAUGGCAGCUUAUGAUUCAUCAUUUCGUGCUUUGCACAAGCCAAAUGAAAAUGGGGCACCUGAAGGUGAUGAAGAUGAAGAUCUUGAGACUGACUAUGGUUCCGCAAGCAAGAGAAGGCGCACUCAGAAGAGUAUAAAACCAAAGAAAUCGACAUUAAACAAGGUCUCCGGUGCUGUGAAUACCAUUCUACAAAAACUGUGCACUAUUCUCGGCUUAAUGAAGGAUUUGUUGUUAAUAGAGAGGUUAUCAGAUAGUUGCAUUUUGCAACUGGUGAAGACGAGCUUUACAACAUUUUUGGUGGAUAAUGUCCAACUGUUGCAAUUGAAGGCAAUUGGUUUAAUUAGUGGGAUAUUCUAUUCAUAUACACAGCACCGUGUGUAUGUUGUAGAUGAAAUAGUUCAACUUUUAUGGAAGUUACCAUUUUCAAAGCGUGCCCUAAGAGCCUACCAUCUUCCCGAUGAGGAGCAGAGGCAGAUUCAGAUGAUCACUGCUUUGUUGAUCCAAUUGGUUCACAGUAGUGCAAAUCUUCCUGAAGCAUUAAGGGAAGCUUCUAGUGGUAAUUCUAUCUUAGAAAUGUCACUGGAUUCUAGUUAUCCAACCAAAUGCCAUGAGGCAGUCACAGAGACAUGUUGUCUUUUCUGGACUCGAGUCCUUCAGCGCUUUACAACUGCAAAAAAUCAGGAUGCUUCUGAACUGAAAGCGAUGAUGGAAAAUCUUGUUACUGACCUACUGACAACUUUAAAUUUACCUGAAUAUCCGGCAUCAGCUCCCAUCCUGGAGGUUCUCUGUGUCUUGCUACUCCAAAAUGCUGGACUGAAAUCCAAGGAUGUCUCUGCGCGUUCCAUGGCCAUUGAUCUUCUUGGUACAAUUGCAGCAAGAUUGAAGCAGGAUGCUGUGGUUUGCAGCAGGAACAAAUUUUGGGUACUACAGGAAUUGACUAGUGGUGAUAAUGCUGAUCAGAGUUAUCCAAAUGAUGCAUGUUGUGUUUGCCUAGAUGGAAAGGUUGAGAAAACACUGUUUAUGUGUCAAGGUUGUCACAGAUUGUUCCAUGCUGAUUGCAUGGGAGUAAGAGAAAAUGAAGCUCCUAAUCGUAGUUGGCACUGUCAGAUUUGCGUCUGUGAGAAGCAACUUCUUGUGUUACAAUCAUAUUGCAAUUCACAGUUGAAGGAUGAGGGGAAAAAGAACAAUAAUCGACUGGAAAAAAAAUAUAAAGCUUGUGAUCCCAUUACGAAAGUUGAAAUUGUUCAACAGCUGCUCUUGAAUUAUCUUCAAGAUUCUGUAUCUGCUGAUGAUGUGCAUCUCUUUGUUCGAUGGUUUUAUCUGUGCUUAUGGUACAAGGAUGAUCCAAAAUCGCAACAGAAGCUCAUUUACUACCUUACACGACUCAAAUCAAAUCUUGUUGUGCGUGACUCUGGGACUACAUAUUCAAAGCUGAUGAAGGAUUCAGUCAAGAGAAUUACUUUAGCACUGGGACAAAAUAGUUCUUUCUCAAGAGGGUUUGAUAAGAUUCUUCAUAUGCUCCUGGCAAGUUUAAGGGAGAACUCUCCUGUAAUUAGGGCCAAGGCUUUACGUGCAGUCAGCAUUAUUGUAGAAACUGAUCCGGAGGUAUUACGUGACAAACGUGUACAAUUGGCUGUUGAAGGAAGAUUUUGUGAUUCUGCAAUAUCUGUAAGAGAAGCAGCACUGGAACUUGUUGGUAGGCAUAUUGCUUCGCACCCUGAUGUCGGGCUGCAGUAUUUCGAAAAGGUCGCUGAGAGGAUGAAAGAUACAGGAGUGAGUGUUCGAAAACGAGCUAUCAAAAUUAUCCGAGAUAUGUGCACCUCAAAUGCUAACUUCGCUCAAUUUACAACUGCUUGCAUGGAAAUUAUUUCUCGCAUUACUGAUGACGAGUCAAGUAUUCAGGAUAUCGUCUGCAAGACAUUUUAUGAGUUUUGGUUUGAGGAACCAUCUGGUUCUCAGACACAACGUUAUAGAGAUGGUAGUUCUGUGCCCUUGGAGGUGGGUAAGAAGACUGAGCAAAUUGUUGAGAUGUUGAGGAGGAUGUCAAGCCAUCAACUCCUGGUUACUGUCAUUAAGCGCAACUUAGCCCUUGAUUUUUUGCCACAAUCAGCUAAAGCUGUUGGAAUUAAUCCUGUGUUACUUGCAUCAGUUCGUAACCGCUGUGAGUUAAUGUGCAAGUGUUUACUAGAGAGGAUAUUGCAGGUAGAGGAAAUGACCAGUGAGGAAGUGGAGGUUCGCACACUGCCUUACGUGUUGGCAUUACAUGCAUUCUGUGUUGUGGAUGCUACACUUUGUGCACCAGCUUCUGACCCUUCCCAGUUUAUAGUCACUCUACAGCCAUAUCUCAAGACUCAGGUUGACAACCGAGCAGUUGCACAGUUACUGGAGAGUAUAAUCUUCAUAAUUGAUUCUGUUCUACCCUUGAUCCGAAAGUUGCCUCAAAGUGUAGUUGAAGAGCUUGAACAAGAUUUGAAGCAUAUGAUUGUUCGGCAUUCAUUUUUGACAGUAGUCCAUGCUUGCAUAAAGUGUCUCUGCUCUUUGGGUAGAGUAGCAGGAAAGGGUGCUGGUGUUGUUGAGUAUCUUAUUCAGGUAUUCUUCAAACGUUUGGAUGCUCAGGGAACUGAUAACAAGCAGCUAGUAUGCCGCUCUCUGUUCUGUCUGGGAUUACUUAUUCGCUACGGGGAUUUUUUGCUGAGCUCCUCUAGCAACAAAAAUAUCGAUUUAGUUAGCAAUCUUGCCUUGUUUAAGAAGUAUCUUCGAAUGGAGGAUUUUGUAGUAAAAGUCAGAUCGUUGCAGGCUCUAGGUUUUGUUCUAAUUGCUAGGCCUGAAUAUAUGCUGGAAAAGGACAUUGGGAAAAUAUUAGAGGCGACUUUGUCUUCUGGUUCUGAUGUUCGUCUUAAGAUACAAGCACUGCAAAAUAUGUAUGAAUAUCUUCUUGAUGCCGAAAGCCAAAUGGGAACAGAUAAAGCCAGUAAUAAUCCCAAUCCUUAUCCAGUAGAAGGGGCACAUAUCGUACCUGUUGCUGCAGGAGCAGGUGAUACUAACAUCUGUGGGGGGAUAGUUCAGUUGUAUUGGGAUAAUAUUUUGGGAAGGUGCUUGGAUUUCAGUGAACAAGUUCGCCAGACUGCACUUAAGAUUGUGGAGGUAGUGCUGCGUCAAGGUUUGGUGCAUCCUAUUACUUGUGUUCCAUACCUUAUAGCACUUGAAACAGAUCCUUUAGAAUUAAACUCAAAGUUGGCGCAUCAUUUAUUGAUGAAUAUGAAUGAGAAGUAUCCUGCUUUUUUUGAAAGCCGGUUGGGGGAUGGCCUUCAGCUAUCAUUUAUAUUCAUGCAAUCUAUUAGCAGUGCAUCUCCUGAGAAUUUAAACCAAAAACUGCAGUCUAGAGCUGCUGGAAAUAUAAAGGGAAAACCUGAAGGUGGCUCUCUUACUCAGGCAAGGCUUGGAGUUUCCCGAAUCUACAAGCUUAUCCGUGGAAACCGUGUUUCAAGGAACAAAUUUAUGUCCUCUAUUGUUCGAAAAUUUGAUAAUCCAAGCUGGACCAGUUCAGUUGUACCAUUUUUUAUGUAUUGCACAGAAGUACUUGCUAUGCUGCCAUUUACUUUACCUGAUGAACCCCUUUACUUGAUUUAUUCUAUAAAUCGGAUAAUACAAGUUAGGGCUGGAGCACUUGAAGCAAAUAUGAAAGGCUUAAUUUUACACUUGUCACAAAGAAAUUCUCGGAAGGUGGCCCAUGAAAAUGGGUUAAUCCAGCAAGAGCCAGCUCAGCCUGUUUUCCAUCAUAUGACCACAAUGGAUUUGAAUGGGAUGGGUCAACAAGAGUCAGUUGCUCGGCCUGUUUUCCAUCAUGUGACCACAAUGGAUUUGAGUGGGAUAAUUCAACAAGAACCAGUUACUCAGCCUGAUAUAACUCCUUUGACAUCAUUUGAUUUGAAUGGUAUAGUUCAGGAAGAGCCCCAUUUGGUCUUGAAAAAUGAUGCUUCAAGAGAUCUAAAGAUGGAUAAGAUGAGCUCUGGUGAUUCUUUCAGCAUCUCAAAAGAUGAUGUGGAGAAAAUCCAGGUUGACUGUCUUUCAGCUACUGCGUUGCAGCUUCUUUUGAAGCUGAAGAGGCAUCUAAAAAUCAUGUAUAGCCUGAAUGAUGCCCGUUGCCAGGCGUUUUCUCCAAAUGAACCUCCAAAGUCUGGAGAAGCUCUCUCAAGGCAGAACAUUCCCUUUGACAUUAGUGAAACAUCUACUAGCGUGCCAUCCACAUAUCAAGAUCUGGUACAGAGAUAUCAGGAAUUCAAGAGUGCUUUAAAAGAAGAUGCUGUAGAUUACACCACUUAUACUGCGAACAUCAAGAGGAAGCGUCCUACCCCAAGAAAGACCAAACAUGGACGGAUGAAUGGAGUUGAUGAUGAUGAUGAAGACGAUGAUGCAGAUUGGACAGGAGGGGUUCGGAGAGUAAGCAAUAGUGGGAGGAGAAGUAACAACAGUAGAGCAUGUAGGCAGCGAUGAUAGCUUUGUAAAUAUUAAAUAGGUAGGCUAACAUGUACAUUAAUUAGAGGAAAAAGAAAAAGGAAAGCAAUAGGAUAGAAUGACAGCAAAAAGGAAAAAGAAAGGAAAAGAUUUCUGGAAGCGGAGGACAGCCAGGGGAGACCCGGGAUGUAUGCAGGUUCUGAUAAUGUGGGCCUGCGUUGAAGGGGUCACUUUCUGGAGCUGUUUCCAUUUUGUAUUUUGCUCAACAUAUUGUGACUACAUUCUUUUCUGUGCAAUGAAAUUCAAGUUAUUUUGUAUUA